AUGAGUACCACAUCCGUGCAUAUACAUGCAUAUGAACGAACAUGUCCAAUAUAUCAAAAUAAAUGUGUAAAUGAUGGAAUAACACAAGUAUUAAUUGAUAUGGGUGGACAUUAUUUUACUUAUGGAUCUUAUUAUGAUAUACAAUGGAUUAUUUAUCAUGAUAUUUACUUUGGAUAUACUCAUGUACAUGCUAAUAAAACAUAUUUAACAUUUAAUUAUUAUCAUUCGGAAGAUGAUAAACUAUCUGAUCAAUUUCAACUUAAGAAAUAA